AUGGACACUCGGGCGCCGGACCCCGCAGUCCCCGCAGCCGGGCCGCUCCAGACCGUGGCAGAACAUCUAUUUCAAGAACUUCAAGAACAUUUCCAAGCCCUAACUGCAUCUCUAAACCUCAGAAUGGAAGAGAUGGGAAAUCGAAUCAGUGACCUACAGAAGAAUGUAAAUGACUUAAUGGUGCAGGCGGGGAUCCAAAAUGCUGUGAAGGAACAAAUGGUAAGAUCACUAUCAUGA